ACAUAACAAUCCAGUAGAGAUUGUAAAUAUGCUUCUAAGACACUCUAAUCCCCGGUCCGUGACCGGGUAUGGCGUAUUUAAAUUCAAUAUUCGUAAAGAAGCGGAGAGACUCGGAAUUGAAGAUUCCAGUGAGAUAAAUACUGCCAUGAGUAAAUUAUGGGGAACCGCUACUGCAACAGACAAAAACCAAUAUAAAACCUUGGCUAUCAAUACUAAUGCGCUGUUGAGGAGAAGAGCUCCAAGAUUUAGAAAUAGAAGAUAA